CCAUCCCUAGUUUCCACAGUGCAGUGCAACAAAUAAUAAAUAAAUAAAUAGCCUGGCACAAAGAGUUAAUCGAAUAAAUUGCACCCCGCAGCGCACGUCAAGUGGGUUGGGUACCGAAAUCGCGAGUUAUCUGCUACGCUGCCGCCGCUGCCACUGCUCCGCCAUAUCAGUUGCUGAUUGGAGCGCAGGGAGCACGGAAGCCACACAAAUAGAGGCGCAUUUAGAGCAAUCCUCACCGUCCGCUGCUGCGGCAGCCCGCGGGUCAUCGGAUUGCCAUGUCCCACUUCACGCACGCCUCCAGCAGCGACCUGGUCAACCUCAAUGUGGGUGGUCAGCGCUUUUCCACGUCGCGGCAAACGCUUACGUGGAUCCCGGACACCUUCUUCACGGCUCUUCUCAGCGGACGCAUCUCGAGUCUCAGAGACGAGCACAAUGCCAUCUUUAUUGACCGCGAUCCGACGCUCUUCUCGAUCAUACUCAACUACUUAAGGACCAAGGACAUCGACAUCAAGAACUGCGAAAUACGCGCUCUGCGCCACGAGGCCGAGUACUAUGGCAUCACGCCGCUUACCAAGCGCCUGGCACUCUGCGAAGACCUUAACCACUCGUCCUGCGGUGAUUUGCUCUUCUACGGAUUUCUGGCGGCGCCGCCCAUGCCGUCAAACGAAGCUGUGCCUGCUACUAGCGUUGACGAGUCAUUGCCCUCCACUUCGGCAAGUGCGAUUGGUAGUCGUCCCGGUUCCAUGGUGCGCGUUCCAGAACCCUCACGCUCCUCACACUCGCGCAAUUCAUCAUGGGAUCUGCGCCUUGGUCGCACAGGUAGCACUGGCAAUGGUGCCAAUCCCCCAGCUCCCAUGUUGCACUCACGUAAUCCCUCGAUGGACUUUAUGCGCCACUCGCGGAACUCCUCGGCGGAUCUGAACAAAGUUUUUCGAAACGAAGUUGGCCUGGUAUUCAGUCCCACACAGAACUCAAACUGGGUGGACCCGUUGCGAGUGCAAAUCAUUAAGGCGCACCAGAAUUGGAUAGCAGUGGCUUACGCACACUUUGUGACUUGCUACCGGGUGAAAGACUCCAACGGAUGGCAGCAGGUGUUCACAUCGCCCCACAUCGACGCCACCAUCGAAAGAAUCGCCAUCAACUCGAAGGUGAAUACUUCCGCAGCAGAGCCACUGCCCAGCAAGAUGGUGGCCAUCUCUUACGGCAGUCAGAUAAGAUUGUGGAGCAUUCAGGAGGGCGGCCAGAAAACGGAUGUGGGCACGUUUAAUUUAAAUGUGCGAGUGGAGUACCUGUUCUUCAUCGGCAGUCAGCUGGUGGCCCUGUCAUCCUCCGGCAAGAUCGGCGUCUGGCACGCGAUGACGCAGCACUGGCAGAUUCAGGACCUAGUGCCCGUGCUCUCGUUCGACUCCGCGGGCUCAUUUUUGCUGCUGGGCUGCAACAACGGCUCCAUCUACUACAUAGACAUGCAGAAGUUCCCGCUCCGGAUAAAGGACAAUGAUUUACUGGUUACCGAGCUCUACAAAGAUGUCACACUGGACCCAAUCACAGCCAUCUCGGUCUACCUUACCCCAAAAACCUCGAGCAUAAGUGGCAAUUGGAUUGAAAUAGCCUAUGGCACAAAGUCGGGAGCGGUGCGAAUCAUCGUCCAGCAUCCGGAGACAGCUGGCCAUGGACCACACCUGUUCGAGACUUUCUUUGUGCACCAAAGCCCCGUAACGAAGGUGAUGCUGUCGGAAAAGUAUCUCGUAUCCGUGUGCAGCGAGUACCACCACGUGCGAACAUGGCGUCUGACCCGCUUCCGGGGCAUGCUCUCCACCCAGCCGGGCUCCACGCCGGAAGCAUCGUUCAAAAUCGUGUCGCUGGAAGCUACCGAUACCAGCUACAGCUAUGCGGCUGGAAAUGAUUUUGGACCUUACGGUGACUACGACGACAUGAUAUUCGUGCAAAAGGUGGUGCCCGAGACGGAUCAGUUGUACGUGCGCUUGGCCUCCAACGGGGAUCGGGUGUGCGUCAUUAGAUCCGUAGAUAGCUCCACAAUUUCGGCCUUCUGUGUGCUCGAGUGCGAGGUAUCGUCCCGGUUCAUACUCACCGGUCACUGCAACGGCGCCAUUCAGAUGUGGGACCUAACCACCGCACUGGCGCUGCUCUCCAAGGAUGAGCCGCAGCAGAAAAUCAAUGGCGGACCCGACACCAAUGAGCUUCUCCGCCUACUUGACCAGUGUGAAAUCAGCAAUUCAUCAUGCACAACACCUUGUAUGUCACCGUGUCUAUCAGCUAUGGGCAACGGCUCUGGAAUGGCCUCCUCCAUAGCCCGCAUGAAGGCCAGCAACAUAGCCCUGCUAAAUCGGGAACCAGCAAUGGCAAUGGCCAUCCAAGCCGUCCAGCCGCCCGCUCAGGUGCAACCUGCUCUUCCAGAGGCUGUGGCGCCGGCAGCUGCUAUCCCGAUGGCUGACGACAACAACGAAUGAGACGUGGAAGCGGCUGCUUGAUUGGCGCUUGUCGGGCGCGUUUCAUCGUUUACAUUUCACAGGUGUAGCUUAAUCUUCGACUACCAGUUUAUAUUCCUGCAGUUCGUGGUGUGCGCCCUCAUCUACGUCUGGGUGACGCGACUCACCCGCGGACCAGCCACUGGGCCGUGAUGAACUGCCAGCCGGCAUUUACCCAAUCAAAUAAUCUCCAUUAUAUGUGCUCGAUGUGGUUGCAAAUGCUAUGUGUAUCCCGUAAACCCAUUUUUUGUGCUCCUCCAAACUUGGAUCGUACAGUUAGUAAUUAAAAAAAACGUCUUUCUUUGUUAUAGUUAAAGUUAUGAAAAUUAGUUAAAACGAUGUAAACCAGAGUAUAAGACUUCUGCAACCGAUCAUCUAUAAUUAGCACAACUCUCCUGAAGGGUGCUCCAUCAGGACAGAUACGAAAUCGUUCGGUGUGGAUAAGAUUGGUUGCCUAAAGCAAAGAAAGUUCAUUGGACAGCCAAUCAGUUGAUUGUCAACCUUGAAUAUUAUUACUUGUGAUUAGAAUCGAUAGAGCGACUGCUUCUAAUUCGAAUCUGUCCUGUUGCAUGCAAUGCCCCACAUGAAUAUAAUGAUCCGCCUUGUUGCAACCAGUAAACAGCUAUACAUAUUCAAUAUAAAUAAAGAUAAUUAUACACAAAGAGAUAUCAAAAUA